GGUUUGACGUUUUAAUCCGCAUGUCAACUUGUUAUUGUUUAGAUACGUUCCUCGUUUGAUCUCGGAAUUGGAUCUUUUUAAAAUACUAACAAAGCGAUUAAGAAACGAUUGAAAAUGAAUAAAGAACCAGAGUUUCUAAUUUGUCAUAAUAAAGAUGAUGUAGAGGAGGCCUUCGAUCCAUUUGCCGAUAGUCAAGACUUUCCGCAAGUCAAACAAGAGUAUGUGGAUUCUUACUUUGGAAAUGACGAGAAAAACGAAUUAAUAGUUGGUGAUAUCAAAGGUGAACGAGAAGUGGAGUCCGAUUAUGAUAAUUUUGGAAACGAUAAUUUCGAUGAACUUAUAUCAAUUCCAAAAAUCGAAUUGAUCGAAUUAGACAAUGCCUCAGAACGAUUGGAAGCAAAGUGCACGUCGAAAAUUGGCGAUAGGUUGAAUAGUUCGUCAUCGUCCAUAAGGGAAUGCAAGCCCAAUAUUGAACCUGAAGCGAAUGCAAAGAAAACAAUAAAAGUGAAAGAGACAACAAAAGACAAGAAACCAGCGAAAACUGCAAGGGGACAGAGAAGACAAAAAAUACAGAAGAAAAAUGCAAAACCAAAGUCGACCGGUGGGAAGAAGGUUAAGCCAAAAAAAGAGCACAAGUGUCAGUUUUGUGACAAAUGCUUCGUAUACGCCAAGGAAUUAAAGAGGCACACAACAACUCAUGUAGCUGACAAAGGCCACACUUGUCCAGUAUGUGGAAAAUCGUUUUCCCGCGCGGAUUAUCGCGAGCAUCAUAUCAACAGUGCACACAAAGGCGAAGUGGUCGAUGGUGUCUUGCGAAAGCCAACCUACGAGCAAAUGUGUGAGAUUUGUAGUAAAGUUUUCCAUCAUUCCAGCAGUUUUCGAAAGCAUAUGAUCCUUCACAGUGGUGAACGACCGUUCAGUUGUACCGAAUGUGGCAAAACAUUUGCAUGGCACCAGCAUCUAAAGUCACACAUGAAAAUUCACUCGGACGAAAAAUCGUAUCAAUGUUCACUUUGUGGAAAACUGUUCAAACAGAAAUCCAACUAUCAGAAGCACAUGCGAAUUCAUACGGGCGAGAAGCCCUAUCAAUGUGAAAUUUGCCAAAAACAAUUCGCACAGUCGAGCAAUUACCAGGUGCACAUGCGAGUGCACUUGAACGUUAGACCGCAUAAAUGUGAUGAAUGCGAUAAAUCAUUUGUACAAGCGAUCAACUUAACAAAACACAAGCGAGUUCAUCAAAAGGAUGACAACGUGGUGCAACAAUUUAAAUGUACUGACUGUGAAAAAACAUUCACUUUCAAUCAUCAGCUCGUUGAACAUCGCCGAAUACAUACUGGCGAACGACCAUAUCAGUGCGAUAAAUGCGGCGCUCGAUUCACAUCGACAACAAUGCUAAAGCGACAUGUGAAAAAACAACACGAAGAAGAUACGGAAAAUAAGGAUGAAAAGCCGGAAGAACUGAUAAAAACCUGUCCUGAAUGUCACAAGAUAUUUGGCAACAAACAUUUACUGGCCACUCACAUGAAAAUCCACUCGGGCAUCAAACCAUUCAAGUGUGAUUACUGCGAAAAAUGUUUCAUCGCCAAAUUUGAAUGCAAGAAGCACAUGCGUGUGCACACAGGAGAAAAGCCGUUUCAAUGUGAAAUUUGCCAAAAACAAUUUACAUUCUCGAAUAGCUAUCGCAUCCAUAUGCGAAAUCAUGCAGGAGAUAAACCAUUCCAAUGUCAAUACUGUGACAGAGCAUUUUCUUCUUCAAGCGACCGUGCCAAACAUAUAAAAGUACACGAAAGAACACUAAAAAUAAAAUAUAGAAAUAUUUUCAUUGCAUUUUCAGCUCACAAAGAAAUGGAUAAAAACUGCCAAAUAGCAAAAGAGAAAUGCCAACCAGAGUUUGUGGCGUGUCACAACAAUGAUGAUGUCGAGUUAGCUUGCGAUCCAUUUGCUGAUAGCCAAUGUCUUUUGCCGGUGAAAGUGGAGUAUGUUGAACCGUGCUUCGAGGACUUUAACGUGAAUGAAGUGACCGUAGUUCAAAUCAAAGAGGAUAGACCUGACGAGGAUUCUGAUCAUAAUGAUGACUAUGGAUACGACACAUUCGACCGAGAUGAGGAUAUUUCGUACGAUUAUGAAGAUGAACCAUUAGCACCGCUAUCGUCCAAAACGGAAUUUAAAGCAUUAAAUGUUAAAAGUAGUACAGAAGACUUUGGCACAGAUUGGUCGUCGGCAGUCGUUAUCAAAAAUAACGAUGACGUCAAGGAUGAGGAGAAAGUCAAUAUUGAAACCGACGUUGAACCAGAAGCCAAUGUAAAGAAAAAAGCAAAAGUGAAAGAAAAAGAGACGACAAAAGAUAAGAGACCAUCCGAAGUUAAUGAAAAGAAAUCACUAAAGAAAACGACUGAUCCAACAAAGGGGAGCGGUAAAAAGAAAGGUCGGCCUAAAUCACAAGAGGAACACAAAUGUAAAUUUUGUGGCAAAAGCUAUGCGUACGCAAGUUUAUUGAAGCUACACACUCGAACACACAUGAUAGACAAAGGUCACAAUUGUCCAGUGUGUGAAAAAUCGUUUGCUCGAGCCGAUCAUUGUAAACAACAUAUUAACACAGUGCACAAAGGUGAAGUGAUCGAUGGUGUCGUACGAAAGCCGAGCUUUGAGCGAACAUGUGAUAUUUGCAGCAAAGUUUUCCAUCAUUCCGGCAAUUUACGGAAACAUAUGGUUCUUCACACGGGCGAACGGCCAUUUAGUUGCGCCGAGUGUGGCCGAACAUUUGUAUUGAAUCAACAUUUAAAGUCUCACAUGAAAUUGGUGCAUUCCGAUGAGAAAUCGUUCCAGUGUUCAAUAUGCGGCAAAUUAUUUAAUCAUAGUGGCAAUUACAAGAAGCAUUUGAAAGUGCACAGUGGAGAACGGCCAUUCAAGUGUUUCUGUGGCAAAGCAUUCGCACAGUCGAGCAACUAUCAGGCGCAUAUGCGAGUGCACAUGAACGAUAGACCGUUUAAAUGUGAUCAAUGCGAUAAAUCAUUUGUGCAAUCAAUCAAUUUGACCUUGCACAAACGUGUGCAUACUGGUGAAAAACCCUUUGAAUGCGAUCAAUGUCAACGAAAAUUCCGUCGAAAAUCGCAAUGCAUGUCCCAUAUGAAAGUGCAUAAUAGCAAUAAAAGGUUCAAAUGUAGCCAUAGCCAUUGUCCCCGGGCAUUUACGCAUCACACGCAUUUGCGAAUUCAUGAAAAAACUCACACGAUGGUUCCAAAGUUUAAAUGCCCCGAAUGUGAUAAAGCAUUCAUUUACAAUCAUCUACUCGUUACACAUCUUCGUCUCCAUACUGGAGAACGACCGUAUAAAUGCGGCGAAUGCAACACUCGAUUUACAUCGACAUCACAAUUGAAACGUCACAGGAGAAUGCAACACGAAGAAUAUAAACCGGAGAUAGAGGAUAAGCCACAAGCCUGUUCAGUGUGUCAUAAAACAUUCGGAGGCAAGCGAUUGUUGAGCAAUCACAUGAAAAUCCAUUCGGGAAUUAAACCAUUUAAAUGUGACUACUGCGAAAAAUGUUUCAUCACGCACAGCGAUUGUAAAAAGCACAUGCGAAUUCAUACGGGCGAGAAGCCCUAUCAAUGUGAAAUGUGUCAAAAACAGUUUACAUUCUCGAAUAGCUAUCGCAUUCAUAUGCGUAAUCAUUUAGGAGAAAAACCAUUUCAAUGUCAAUAUUGUGGCAAAGCAUUCUCUUGUUCAAGCGAUCGCGGCAAACACGUUAAAACGCACACAAAUCAAAAGACGGCAUUCUCAAAUAGUCGAUAAGAAGCGAACAAAUUGGUUAUGUUUAGCAAUAUAAUUGGAAAUUAGAUGUAUUUGUCCAGCUUACAAUCGAAUGACGACAUUUUACACAAAGUUAUAUUUAGAAUCUAAUCGAGAAGCAUUUUUUUCUUUUAAUUUUAAUAAAGAGAUUUUAUUUUUAAAAAAAAGAAGCGAUAAUUGAAAAA